UAAGAGUACCUGUGAAUGACAUGAGCGCUAACCUGGCAAGUUUGUGUUUAAAGUAAGAACUAAGGAUUUCUUCACCUUCUCCAUCCCAACGGGAUCAUUAGCUGAUUGAACCACCUAAUCUCUGUGCAUCUGUCUGAACCGGACGAAGGGGCGGGGCAGAAGCGUCACGUCAUAUCAGCCGCCGCGCUCCGAUUGGCUGCCGACUCUCACCCGACACAGCUGAGAUUGUUUUCUGCAGAGGAAGCUGCUGUUCUUGUUGGGAGCAGGAAAAUAAAGCGGGAGGAAUCCUGGCUGCAUGAGCAGGCGUGGAGGUUUCUGUUUGAAUCAGACUCUGAAACCGUCUAGAGAGCAAGAGCAAAAGUGCCAAAUGCCCAGACUAGAGGACCACUGCUGGAGCUGCUCUUGUUCACCGAAGGCUGAAACCAAGCAUUCGUCCGGAGCGAACUGGUUCGCUUCCAAAGCUGAAGAGAUGAUGUCCAUCAUCACCGCGAUGCUUGGCAGCGCCUACGGCUCCCUGCACGACGUCCGCACCGCCAACCUCAUCCGAAGGGGUCUGGUCCUCUUCACAGUGGGGGCAUUUCUGGCGCUGGUGCUCAACUUGCUGCAGAUACAGAGAAAUGUCACUCUGUUUCCCGAAGAGGUGAUGACAACUCUGUUGUCAUCUGCCUGGUGGAUCCCGCCAUGCUGCGGGACGGGAGCUGCUGUUAUCGGCCUUCUCUAUCCCUGCCUCGACAGCCAUUUGGGGGAGCCUCACAAGUUCAAGAGAGAGUGGGCCAGUGUAAUGAGAUGUAUCGCAGUGUUUGUCGGAAUCAACCACGCAAGUGUUAAACUAGAUUUCGCUAACAAUGUGCAGCUCUCCCUGACCCUGGCCGCCUUAUCUUUGGGCCUGUGGUGGACGUUUGACCGCUCCAGAAGUGGCUUUGGCUUGGGCAUCACCACCGCCUUCCUGGCUACCGUCAUCACACAGCUGCUGGUCUACAACGGAGUUUAUCAGUACACAUCUCCAGACUUCCUGUAUGUGCGCUCCUGGCUCCCCUGCAUAUUCUUCUCAGGCGGUGUCACUGUGGGCAACAUCGGACGGCAACUGGCCAUGGGUGGCGUUGAGAAACCCCACAUGGACUGAACUGUGAUCUGCACAGACCUUAAGAGGAAGACCUUAAGUGAAGAACAUUUUAAGCAGAAAUGGAUUAACAGGAAAGGAAGAAUGAGAAGGAUAACCUGAGAAAAACUGUCUCCUUGUUUUCGACUCCAUCCUUUGAUCUAAUAACAAAGCACAGGUCAAUUCUGCCCCAUCCGCUAACGUGCCAUGCCCUUCGAAUCUUCUUGCAGCCAAAUGAAUUGCCAUUCCUGAUAUCCUGCAUUAGCAUUAAGGCAUCCUUCGCACCACACUGGAGGAUGGACUUAGCCUUGUUUUGAUUUUGCUUUUCUUUGUCUCAUGUGACAAAUGGACGCACAAUGAUUUUGUUUCAUGAAGUGGACUCCUGUGUGCGCGAGUGUUUGAGCGUGGAUGUAUUACGGUCUUAACAGAAAAGACUUGAUAAUUUUGCAAAGAUGUCUUGAGAUUUUCUUGUUGUUUUUUUUUACCUGACUGUAAUAUGGUCAUAAAAGGGAAACUUAGUCUGAGUGGGGACACACCUGUUUUCACUCUUUCAUAGAAAUGUAAUCAGCGGUAUUGCAUGUUCCCCAUCAAACCAAAUUAAAGUAUUUAUUUUUGGAAAGUUUUCACUAAACUAGCAGAUGCACGUGGAAUACAGAUUUAGACUCUUCAGUUCUUGAGGAACAGUUUGGGAAAUUAUUUGCUUUCUUUCAAAUGUAACUUUAGCUGAACUACUUGAGAUUGUGUAUGUAAAAAAUGCAUAAUUUCUCAAAGGUGAUUUUUAAUGUACAGUUAAUUUAGACUUGCUUUAAAUUUUCAAGAGCCUCCUAAUUGUAAAUGCAAUUUAUAAGCUCUAGUUCCCUCACCUCAUCAAAGUUGGAGCAAAGUUUUUAUACGAGGCCUUGCAGAUUAGAUGCGAUAUGAGUAAAUAGUUGCAGGAUUGCUUAUUUCUUGCAUCAGACCUCACAGGGUUGCAGAUCUGCAGCUGGACUUUUCUAAGACUUUCUUAUUUGGAAAUUGCGCUUUGAACAUGGGGAGCAAAAAAAUUUGCUUAGCUUUUCUGCAAAUGGCAAAAAAGGCUUGUUGCUUGGUUAGUUCCAGUAAAAAUGAAGAUAAGCUUUGCAUUUGUUUUCAGGAUUUCAGAAGAAAGCAAAUGGUUUCCCACUGUGUUGGUUUAUGUAGAUGUGGUUAGUUGGAAUGAAAAGCAAAAGUGUGGUAUGUAAAACGUGCCAUUGUUAGAAUACUCUAUACUAAGUGAGUAUAAGCACAUGCAUUUGUGUUUUAAGAGGUACACUGUAAGACAUUUGGGGCACCUCAUGCAAACUUGACAGCCUCUUUGAUUUUAUGUUUUGCUUGUAAAAAAAAGUACAAUAUUGACUUACAAUUGGUUGUCAGUACAAUAUCUAUUUUUUUACAGACAAUUUUCUACUGUUUUAGAUCUGGGAAACAAACAAAAAAAAGGAUUGUAGUUGAAAGGAAAGGAGAAUGUCCCAUAAGUAUAUAACCUUUAGGAGCUAAAUGUCUCGUGGAAUCAUGUGAUCACGCUCAUUUUCCCAGUCACAUCUUAAAAGCUCAUUUCAACAGUUUGGGAACAUGCACCGAUCAAAUGUGUGGGCGAGACAUUGUUACUUAAGAUUUGCAAUCUGUGAUUGCCUGUGUUUUAUAGAAUUUAGUGCUUUUGUCACUAUAAGGGUUUAGUUUCCUCCUUUGUGUAGAGAUAUUGUCAUUAGUGCUUGUAUGUGUAAAAGCAUUCUGCCGAUGUAAUCACACAGGUAUUGCCACACUAGACUGACUGUAUGUUUAGUGUUUAGGGGUCAAGAGGAUUAAGUGCAAUCACACCACACAUGAGCCGAUCAUUCUUAUUUAUUAUUCCUGACAAAGGCUUAGAAAUAAUCUAUGUACAUGCAGUGUGAGUUGCUUGGAGAAAAACAAAAAAAAGCAAUAACAUCGUUUUGUUUUUUGUCAGAUUUCAUGCCUUUGGAGUCAACACCAAUGACUUUCACCAGAGACAAAAUAAAAUAAAUUCUAUGUUGUGUCAAACCAUUGAUUAAAUUUCAUUGUGUAGCAUUAUCUAAGGAUACCUGAUAUAUAUAUUUUUUGAAGUGUGUUCAGUGGCAGACCGCUCCAAGUGGAGUCUGCAUUUAUUCAGGUAUGCUAAACAAGAGAGGAAGCUUUAUUUAUUGUAUUUUUUUUUUCUUCUGAUGCGGCAUAUCACCUUGUUUUGAUGUGUUUUAAUUCUGUCUUAAAUUUGAGCAAUGUAUGGUUUAUGCUACCUUGAGUUCAAGUGAAAAAUAAAAAAAAACUGACAAUA